CACGGCUCUAAAAAAGAAUAUUACUACCCGGCCGCUGCUAAGCUCCAACGGUUAAGAGCUAAAUAAUGAUAAUAAAUAAACAAAUAGAUAAAUAAUAUCACUUCCCCUCUCUGUGGCUUGGCUUACAAGUUUACAACGCACAAACAGUGAACCACCACCUUCGACUUUCAGCUAACCUGAAGCCCUAUCCCGAACCAUAAUGGAGUCCAUUGGCGUACUCAUGCUUUGCCCGAUGUCCGUCUACCUCGAGCAGGAGCUGCAGAGCCGCUUCAAUCUCUUCAAGCUCUGGACCGUCCCACAGAAGCCAGAGUUCUUCAAGGAACACGCAUCCUCCAUCCGGGCCGUCGUCGGCAACGCAGGUGCCGGAGCCGACGCCGAGCUCAUCAGCGCUCUGCCGAAACUCGAGAUCGUCUCGAGCUAUAGUGUCGGAGUGGACAAGAUCGAUCUGGACAAGUGCAGAGAGAAGGGGAUUAGGGUUACGUACACGCCGGACGUGCUGACCGAUGACGUGGCGGACCUUGCGAUUGGGCUGAUACUGGCGGUGCUGAGGACACUGUGUGCGAGCGAUCGUUACGUGAGGAGUGGGGCGUGGAAGAAGGGUGACUUCAGGUUGAAUACUAAGUUCACCGGCAAAACAGUUGGUAUUAUCGGUUUGGGAAGAAUUGGUAUGGCAGUUGCUAAGAGAGCUGAAGCAUUUAACUGCCCAAUCUCUUACCACACGAGAAGAGCAAAGCCAGACAUACAAUACACAUACUAUCCAAGUGUUGUUGAGCUAGCCUCCAACUGUGAUAUUCUGGUUGUUGCAUGCCCUCUAAAUGAAGAGACCUGGCAUAUCAUCAACCGUGAAGUCAUUGAUGCAUUGGGCCCGAAGGGUGUUCUCAUCAACAUCGGGAGGGGCCCUCACGUGGACGAACCCGAGCUGGUAUCUGCACUAGUUGAAGGCAGGCUAGGCGGGGCUGGUCUCGAUGUGUAUGAAAAGGAGCCUGAAGUACCUAAGGAACUGUUUGGGCUUGAAAACGUAGUCCUCCUGCCUCAUAUAGGAAGUGGCACGGUGGAAACCCGGACUGCCAUGGCUGACCUUGUGAUUGGAAACCUGGAGGCUUACUUUUUGAACAAACCCCUGUUAACCCCAUUGGGUGGAACUCAAUCCAAAACGACGUACUUUUGCUACUUUUGCAAUCGUUGCAACCUUGUUAACCUUCUUGCGAAUAUCACGACCACCGUUUCAAAUCCUAAAACGCCCACCGCCACUGCCCUGAGUUCCCUCAAAACACCGACCAUAUUAAUUGAAACGGAAAAUCAAACCCUAGCCCGACUCCUCCUCGUCCUCCUCCACAUUCACUUCAUGGACUCCAUAGGCGUCCUCAUGACCUACCCAAUGUCCGAUUACCUCGAACAAGAACUCCAAAAGCGCUUCAACCUCUUCAAACUCUGGGCUCAUUCCUCAAAGUCUGAUUUAUUGGAAAAACACUCUAACUCCAUCCAAGCGCUUGUGGGAAACACCAAAAUCGGUGCCGACGCUGAACUCAUCGACUCAUUACCCAAGUUGGAGAUCGUCUCGAGUUACAGUGUGGGGUUGGAUAAGAUUGAUCUGAGGAAAUGUGAGGAGAAAGGAAUCAGGGUUACCAAUACGCCCGACGUAUUGACCGAUGAUGUUGCCGAAUUGGCGAUUGGGUUGAUCCUGGCUGUUACGAGGAGGGUUUGUGAGUGUGACAGGUUUGUGAGGAGAGGGUUUUGGAAGAAAGGCAAUUUCGGAUUGGCUACCAAGUUCAGUGGUAAAUCAGUAGGAAUUGUUGGGUUGGGAAGGAUUGGCACAGCAAUUGCAAAGAGAGCCGAAGCAUUUGGCUGCCCUAUCAGUUACCACUCGAGAUCUGAGAAACCAGAAACAAAUUACAAGUACUACUCGAACAUCAUCGACUUGGCUGCCAAUUGUCAUAUUCUCAUUGUUGCUUGUGCUUUGACAGAAGAAACCCGACACAUCGUCAACCGUGAAGUUAUUGAUGCAUUGGGUCCAAAUGGCAUUCUCAUUAACAUUGGAAGAGGUCCACACAUCGACGAAACUGAACUUGUGUCUGCACUCCUUGAAGGCCGGUUGGGUGGGGCUGGGCUUGAUGUGUUCGAAAAUGAGCCAGACGUUCCUGAACGGCUUUUUGGGCUUGAAAACGUAGUUCUUCUGCCUCAUGUGGGGAGUGACACUGUGGAAACCAGCGAGGCAAUGGCAGACCUUGUGAUAAAAAACUUAGAGGCACACUUUUUAAAGAAGCCACUGCUAACUCCAGUGAUUUGAUUUUGAAGGGUAUGUGGCAUGAAAUCUUGGAUGUCUUUCCACCAUUUAAUUAUUUAGAUUUACAUAAUUUCUGAACAUUAAUGUUUUGGUGAGCAUCUUUCCAAUGGAAGGAAAUCUAUUCAUGUAAAAUUGAUUUAUUUAUGGAAUGGCAUUGUCCCUAGUCUUCAAUGGAAAACUAUGCGGCUCUAAAUUACGGUU